AUGUCCGGCUCCAACUGGCCUGGAUCCAAUGGCACCGACGCCCAAGCCAUGUUCGACCAGGGCAACAACGAAAACGUCUUCCGGAGCACGAGCUACCUCGGCCAGGGCGGCGGAGCUGGUGGGAGCACGAUGGCGCCGCCCCCGCCCGGCAUGACGGGCGAUGGCGGCAUGCCCUCGCUCUACCGCCGGCCUACACACGAGGAGAUAUCUGCGGUUCUCUCGCAGUACGCGCCCGGCCCAUCAAACAACGGAGGCAAUGAAGGCGGAGGUAACGGCGGUACCGGCAAUCACAACGAUGGCACCAACGGCCAGCCGCGGCCGCCCAUGUUUGCUCAUCCCUCCCAGAUGUCGAUGCAGUCGCAGGCCUCGGGGGGCAUCCCCAUGGGUCAGAACAACGGCAGCGGCAUGGCUGACGACGUGGCACAACGAGCUGCCAGCAACGGUCAAUUUGCCGCGAACCAAGGAAUGAGCCUGGACCCGGCAGCGGCCGCUGCCGCGGCAGCAGCCUACGGCCACCUUGGCUACGGUAACGCGGGGCCGGCCGCAGGGCCCGACCCAAGACGGCAACCAUCGACCGGCGCUGAGCAGAAGGACCCUACGGGCGGGCAGGGCGGAGCGGGCGGACAACUCCAUGGGAUGGCAUCGGGGCCCGAGAUGGGCAUGAUGCAGGGCUUCAACCCAACGGCACCGAACCAGAUGCCGAUGGCCGGAGGCUUCCUUCCAGCCUACCCGGUGCAGGGCGGCAACGCUUUCGACGGAGCGGGAUCGGGCAUCGGUCAUGGCGGUGCCGGCGAUCCGAUCGCCAACGACGACUUUGGGCCUGGCAAAAAGCGGCGAAUGACCUUUGGCGGCCAGUUCCAACCCGGAGGGAGCCCGCCCAAGCCUGCCAUGAUGCAGCACGACAGCUCGGCCAGCAUGAUGCACGACUACAGCAGCAUCAAAUCGACACCCGUGGGCCGCGCGCCGGGCCCGGACGUACCACAGCACCUUCUCCACCACCUGCCUACGCGGCCCCCCCUGCUGCACCGCAGGUCGAGGAGCGGUUCCGAGCUGGCGGGCAACAUGCCGGGCUUCCGGGGCGGGAUGAGCUACGACGGCUUCUCGGACAUUCACAGCUUCCACGGCCCCGGCGGGCCGGGUCAGGCCGCCCCGGUGUUUCUCUCUUCGCACUCGCACCAGGCCUCGUUCACUCGCGGCGGACCCCUGCCCCCGUCGGCGCUCGGCGGACACGCCGCCAGCCAUCCGCCCGGUCUCGGCAGCCAGAUCCUCCGAGGAGUCGACGUCAGCGCCAGCGGGUCCUCGGCAGCCUCGGACUUCACCAAGCGCAAGGGCUGGACCGGGAGGGUCGUCGAGGAGCUGCUCGACUUUGUCCACGUGCUGGAUCCCGAUGGCGUCAUCCUCUUCGCCAGCCCGAGCGCCUACAGCUUGACCGGCUGGACCAGCGAGGAGCUGCGCGGGAGAAAGCUGAUCGAGUUCAUCCACCCGCAGGACGUACCCUCGGUAGAGCGCGAGAUCGAUCGCAUGCGCCAGAGCAACGGCGAGCUGCUGACCUACUACCGCUUCAAGACCAAGCCAAAGUCGUUCUCCGCCCCCGGGUCCGGAGACAAGGGCGAUUCGGCCGAGGGCGCGUCCAGCGGCGCCGGCGACGACGAAAAGGACCGCGACAAGGGCGACCAGGAGUAUGCCGAGGCCCUGACGCGCGACGGCGAGUACGUCGUGUUUGAGGCGUCGGGCCAUCCCUACUACCCGCCCAAGCCCCUCGUGAUGCCGGCCAACGGCGCUCAGGAAGGCGACGAGGCCGACGGCGCGGAUGCUCAGAAGGAAGCUGGCGCGGCCGAGGGCAGCUCGGGCGAGGCCAACCCCAACGCUGGUGCCGCUGCCGCCGCUGGCGAUCUCAAGUCAGAGAGCAUGACGCACUCGGCGUCUGGGUCCAAGCAAAGCAGCAACUCGCAGUCGCAGUCGCUCGAUACGCCAAGCGAGGCUAGCAGCCUGAGCCGCGGGGCCCUGCAGUGCUUCUUCUGCUCGUCGCGCCCAUACCCGAGCAAAAAUACCAGCAUGCUCGACUCGUUCCUCGAGUUGAAAUUGGAGAACGAAAAGCUGCGCCUGCUCAUCGCCGACAUGGACCUCACCGGGCCGGACAAUGACGCGGAGAGGGCCAACUUCACCGCCGCCUACCACCCGGAUCUGCUCAAGCAGGAGCUCGAAGGCGAAGGGGGCCCUUUCCGGGAUGGCGUCAACCCAAUGUUCGGCACCGCCUUCCUGCAACAGGGGCAGCCAGGCCAGCAGCCAGGCGCCCAACAGCAGCAACAAGACCCGCGCUUCCCGCAGUCGGGCGCAUUCGGUCCCGGCACGGCUGGUGGCGCGACGAGGCACAACUCGCUCGGCUCGCACCCGACCAGCCCGACGAUGCGAAGCGGUCCAGCAGAGGAUCUGCUCGCGAAUGUCGUCGGUACCGGCAACGACUCGGACGACGAGGCCACCAGCCCCACGACUGCCAGUGGUGCUGCUCCUUCUGGCUCGCAGGGCCUAAUCGACGAAGCUCGUCGCAAGAAGAAACCCAAGCAGGACGAUGGCGACCACGUCUGCACCGACUGCGGCCGCGUCGAUUCGCCCGAGUGGCGCAAGGGACCGCUCGGUCCCAAGACGCUUUGCAACGCCUGCGGCCUGCGCUGGGCCAAGAAGAUCAAGCGCAAGGGCGGGGAUCCGACAAUGGCCGGGAUGCUUGUCCAACCCCCGGGCGCCCCUCAGCAGCUCCUUGGCCACGGCCACCCGCUCCAGCACUCGUUCGGCCGGGCUCCCGAUGGCUCGAUACCGCCGGGCAUGGCCAUGGGACCCCCUGGAUCGAUCAACGUCGCCGGCAUGGGCGUCGGGCAGCCAGGCAUGAUGCCUACCUCGCCCAUCUUUGCCACGCGCCCUUCGUUCGACGAGGGUUCCGGCCAUGGACACGGGCAUGGCCAUGGUCAGGGUCCCUGA